AUGUUCAGAUUACGGACAAUAUCGCUAUGGUCCUUCGCUGGGAUUUCCAUUCUCUUAAUUGCAUCAUACGUGACGUAUGCCCCUGUAUCGAAGGCCGACGCACAGCUUCGCCCAUUCCCUCAGGAGGUUAAAUGUCCAGAAAGUUUAUCUGACGCAAGAAACAAAUCUCGUAUUACAACACAAGGGGGUCGGAUAUUUUUCCUUGAAACCUCCGAGAGGACAAUCCCCAACUUUCAGGCCAUGUGUGCCGUAGAAUCUGCUGCCAUCACCCACCCAAACACCAAAGUCACUGUCUUCAUGAAAGGAUUAUCCAGCCAGACCCUCCCGCUGCCACGGAACCUCGGAUUUUCGUUCCUAAGCUGUUUCCCCAAUGUUGAAUUUGCACCUUUGAACUUUAAGGAACUUUUUGCCAACACCCCUCUCAGUGGUUGGUACACUGCGGUGGAAAAAAACGAGCAGUUUUCUGACUUUCCCAUCGAUUCUGAUGCCUGCCGGCUGGCUAUCCUCUGGAAGUCAGGAGGUAUCUACUUAGAUACUGAUUUCAUAAUCCUGAAGAAUCUAGAAAAUCUCACAAACAUGAUAGGAAUGCAAUCUCUGUAUACGCUAAAUGGCGCUUUCUUAGCCUUCGAGGCCCGGCAUCGGUUUAUUAAGUUGUGCAUGGAGGACUUUGUUAACAGAUAUAAUUACUGGUUUUACGGACAUCAAGGACCUCAGCUCCUGACUCGGGUUUAUAAAUGGUGGUGUUUGAUCCAUAGAUUAAGGGACCGAAAAGAGUGCAGGGGAGUCAGUAUACUCCCUAAAGAAGCCUUUUACCCGGUUGACUGGCAGGACUGGAGGAAACUUUUUGAGACUAUCAGCAGAAAAGACCUUAAAGUGCUACUAAUGAACACAUAUGGCCUCCACCUCUGGAAUAAGAAGAGCCAGGGAGGGCAACACAAGGAGGGAUCGAUGAUAGAUCAGUUAGAAGCAGAAUUCUGUCCUGAAACAUAUAAACUAAUGAAGAUGUGUCUUUGAAACUGUGACAACAAAUCCUCAAACAUCACAAUUCGAAACCAAAUAAGUCAGACUGAUAUCUGUCCCUUCAGAAACCCUUAGAAUGUGCUGAAUGUGUGUGUGGGCAUUUCCUGGAAGCGUCCUUAACACACAUUGUAUUAAUAAUUACAAACUGUACCUUCUAAAAGGGAUCACAAAGUAUUUUAUAUUAUCCUACCCAGUGGCGUACACAUGAUUCAUGGGGCACCGGUGCGAGAACUGAUCCAUGUGCCCCCCCUCCCCCUUGCUCUUACACUGCGUGGGCCCACCUUCACAAGGGUUGGGGGGACCUAAGGACUAUAUAGCGCCAGGAAAACAAGUUUGUUUUCCUGGCACUAUAGUGGUCCUUUAAUGACAAACAUUCAAAUACACUUACAGACAAACAGAUACCCAUGCAGACCAAGAGAUACACAUACAGACCCACAUACAGACACACACACAGACACACAGAGAUACACAUACAGACACACAGAGAUACACAUACAUACACACACACACACAUGCAGACACACACACACACACACUCAUAGUGACAGACCCACAUACAUACUCACUGACAAACACAUAUACACUCACUAACAAACACACGCUCACUAAUAGACAUGUAUACACACACACUCACUAACAGACACACACACACUCUCACGAACAGAUGCAUACACACUAGCUAACAGACACACACAUUUACUGACAGACACACACUCAGUGACAGACAGACACGCAUACACACUCACUUAUAAAACAUACACUCUCACUGACUAACACACACUCACUAACAGACACCAAACAGACUCACUAACAGACACACGAUCAAUAACAGACACACACAAACUAACACACUCAGUAACAGACACACACACAGUAACACACUCACUAACACACACACUCACUGACACACAAAAACUAACACACUCCAAGAUUAAUGGAAGCUAUAGCACAGUCUAAACUAGGAAACCACUCGAAACACAUUGAAGUUUGGAACCUCUGGAUCACAUUUAGCAAAAACAGGGCAUCCUCGACGGACGGGACGGACUGUCACAGGGGGGGGGGGGAGGAGUGGAGGUACUGAAGUGGGGAUGACUCGCAAGGGCCAACAGAGCAUUCGGAAACAGGUACCAACGAAAUAGUAACUAUACAGUAGACCUAACAAAGUCAACGAAACCCCACAGACAAAAAUUCAGACCUGAGUGACGAUUACAGUUAACGCGCAAUCAACUCCAACGACUGUGACUCAAAAAUACAAGAGAUGGCCCACACAGACCGAACGAGCUACAGACAAACAUAGUAUUAUUAUUAGUACUUAUACUCAUACCACAACGCAGCCUUUAGGCUCUCUUAGUAGACAAGGUACCCAAAGCGUGACUAAAUUUCCCACGAAACUAACUAUCGACACCAAAUUCCCACCUAGCACGAAUAAGACCCUAGUAGACCAUACAGCUGAGACAACUACAUUCGGUAUAAGCAAAAGGUAUAACUUUGUCAUUCUUUGUAUUCAUUGUAUCCAUGAAAACCAUGUUCUGUACAUAUGCUUGUACCGUCAAAACUGCAUGUUUUCUUACUGAUGUUAUACUCAAAAUGUAUCGAAACACGUUUUAUCUGACAAAAAUAAAAAUAAAUUUAAAUAUAAAAAAAAAAAAAAAAAACUAACACACUCACAGACACUCAGUAGCAGACACUCACUAACAGACACACAAUCAAUAACAGACACACACAAACUAACACACACACACACAUACACACUCACAUUUUUUUUUAUUUAAUCCCCCAUCCUCCCUACCUUUGGGAGUGCUGAGGGGAUUCCACCUUUCCAUGGGGUCCAAUGGGGCUGCUGGGUGGGCAGUCACUGCUGGCGUCGAGGGAGCACUGAUGCCAGAGCUGGAGUGACAUCAUAUUCCGGCUCCGGCGUCACUACGCGGCGUGCGAGGGAGCUGAACAGGAGAAUCAGUGCUCCCUCGCCGCCUGCAGUGACCGGCCGCAAAAUGACGCCACUGCCAGCCGCGGGGGAGAGUAGGGGGGGGGGGCCUGAUGUGGCCAGCUCCUGGGCCCCCCAGGAGAAGUGGCUGGACUGGCGUACAUACCGGGUCGCAGGGCGGCAGGGCCCCCCCGAGGCUUAUAUACGCCAGUGAUCCUACCUAGAUCCUGGAAAAAGAUGGCCUCUCAGAAAGCGAUUGGGAUAGUUAUACUGAGAGAAUGGGUGUGGCAAAACCGACCUCGCCACGUGUCCUUGGAGGGGGCUGCUUGCCCGCCUCUUGCCUUUGGACUAUGGCCCUGCAGGUUAAACUGUUUAUUUUCCCUGCAGAAAGGCUUAUUCGUGUGAUCUGAGUGCCAUUCAUCUAAUAAUGUGCAGUCAGAUCCAAGCUAUCUGGGGAUAUGUAGAAAUGUGUGUUUUAUGUACUAAAUGUGUCAGUAUGUAAUUUUAUGUCUUUUACUGUCUUUUUGUCUGCCAUGUGGGUAAUGGAGUUUGGCUCUGUCUUUGGAGAUAAUUAGAUUCCUUCUCCAAUUAUCUCCAGGGCAGAAGGGAGGAAGCCAGGAUGCAUUGUGGGGAUGUUUUACUUUUACUGUUUGAGCCAGGGGGAACAAAAGAUACUUUUACUAACUUUUGAACCCCUGGUCUGAUUCAUGCCAUUUUUUAAUAUGUUGUUCCCCUGAAUGGAUUGAUUGUGAAUAUGUAUUUUUAUGCGAAUGUGAUGUAUAUUUUGGGAGUUAUGAAUGUUGUGUAAAAACUGUAUUUUCCCUACCUAUGAUAAUUGUAUUUCCCUGUGUGUACAGAUAAUUAGUUUACAGGUAGAGGGGAGGGCUAUGUGUGGGAUGUAACUAUUGUGUGAUUGGUUAAUGUACGUUACUGUGUGUGUCCCUCCCCUUCAUGGGAGCACCUAAUAAAAAGGGCUGCAAGCUAGCAGCCAGAGAGUUCUAUUUUUACCCUCAACUUGAGUCCUGUCUCUUAUUGGGGGAAUCUGCUACAAGGGAUUGCUAGGCAUAUUCCCUUGCUAUAAUCACUGAGCUCUUGUAAGAGCUUGUUCCUGCUUCGUUCUGAAGGGAGAUAGCUGCAGCCUGCGGUGCUUAUGGUGUCUGGUGGAGUGCUUGGAGUCCUCUGGAAGCGCUAGGAGCAUCUUUCAACGGAGGUACCCAGUCGGGGUGCCAGGUGAUCCGUUACAUUGGUGGCAGCGGUGGGAUGGCAUCCUAGUGCGAGGAGAAGCAGCUCGGAGACACCGGUAACGUGUGGAGUUGUGCAGCGUCCUUAUCUUCAGCAACAUAAUGGAACCAGCAGUGGCUACAGCAAGCAUGGCGUAUAGCUACUCCGUACUAGAGUUUGGCACGAUGGUAGGGUUGCACCUGAAGUUUUACGGACCCAAUCCAGAGGAGAAAUACGUGCGGUUCGUGUGGGACAUGGUGACCCGGAACCUACAACACAGGGCGUUGAGGGAAGGCCAGUGGGCACGUUGGGAGAAACUCCAGCCACAGGUAGAGUGGGACGAGGAAGAAACCGAGGUGGCCGGUGGAGAUGGGACCGAGGUCUCUCUACCGGCCCUACAGGGAUGCUGGGCACCCGGCCCAGAUCCCCAGCGGCAGUAUGUUUUACAGGGAGGGGAGACAGUCGGUCUCACUCCCCAGCGGCAGAAUGUGUUAUUGGAGGAAGAGACAACCGGUCUCCCUCCCCAACAGCAACCAGAGGUACCCGAGGUAGAGGACCUCAUAGACUGGUCCUGGGAGGACCCCCUGCAGGCAGGUGGAGAUGGGACCGAGAUCUCUCCACCGGCCCUACAGGGAUGCUGGGCAACCGGCCCAGAUCCCCAACUAGAGCUGGAGUUACAGAAAGUGGAGAGCAUCGACCUCCCCCCCCAGCAGCAGCCGGAGUACCAGGGGGAGGUAAGUGAUAUUUCUCCUCCCCAGCCAACUCCUUUGUUCCCUGACCCCCCAGCAGAAGAGCUGGCAACUGGGCAGAGCGCCGCUGGCCUCUGUCCUCCCUUGUUUCCUUCCCCUGAGCCUGACUUUCUACAGGCUGCCCCAGCGGAAGGUGCCGUCCUUCCUCCCCAGCGGCAGUGCGUACCCCAGGGAGCUGAUGGUGUCGUCCGUCCUCCCCAGCAGCAGUGUGUAACCCAGGGAGCCGAAGGUGUCGUCCUUCCUCCCCAGCGGCAGUGUGUACCCCAGGGAGCUGAAGGUGUCGUCCUUCCUCCCCAGCGGCAGUGUGUCCUGCAGGGAGCAGAGACCGUCAGUCUCACACCCCAGCAGCAGGACAAAAUAAUGAAAGGGGAGACAGCUGGUCCGCCUCUCCACCAGCAGAGAGAGUGUCAGGGAGAGGAGCCUGUUAACCCCUCUCCCCAGCGGCAGUUGACAGUCCAGAGAGAGGAGCUUGUUGCACCCUCUCUCCAGCGGCAGCCUAACCCACCAAGGGGAGAUGUUGAGCCCUGCAACUGUGCAGAUGGGACCGUAGUCUCUGCGCUUACAGCCCAAGGGGUAGAGACGGUCGGUCCUGUUCCCCAGCCCCAGAGCUGUGUACCCAGAGGGGAGACGGUCGGUCUCCCCCUCCCACAACCAGGCUCCAAUCAGGCUACUUCGGUGGUAGCACUGGCACCAGGGCAGAGUACCGCUGGUCUCUGCCCACUCAGCAACCCACCAAGGCAGUCUACCAGCUCCCCACACAGCCGUGGUGAGGCACCUGGACAUGGACAAGUUGCUACUUUAUCCAGGUGGAGUAAACAUUUAUUGUGGGUGGGCUGUACUGCUGUUUGUGCUUCGUGGGUGGGUUGCUGGACUAACCAGGGCACUGACCGGCAGGAGGUCAGAUACCCUGUUAGUCUGGGGGGCAAAGGGGAGAAGUGUGGCAAAACCGACCUCGCCACGUGUCCUUGGAGGGGGCUGCUUGCCCGCCUCUUGCCUUUGGACUAUGGCCCUGCAGGUUAAACUGUUUAUUUUCCCUGCAGAAAGGCUUAUUCGUGUGAUCUGAGUGCCAUUCAUCUAAUAAUGUGCAGUCAGAUCCAAGCUAUCUGGGGAUAUGUAGAAAUGUGUGUUUUAUGUACUAAAUGUGUCAGUAUGUAAUUUUAUGUCUUUUACUGUCUUUUUGUCUGCCAUGUGGGUAAUGGAGUUUGGCUCUGUCUUUGGAGAUAAUUAGAUUCCUUCUCCAAUUAUCUCCAGGGCAGAAGGGAGGAAGCCAGGAUGCAUUGUGGGGAUGUUUUACUUUUACUGUUUGAGCCAGGGGGAACAAAAGAUACUUUUACUAACUUUUGAACCCCUGGUCUGAUUCAUGCCAUUUUUUAAUAUGUUGUUCCCCUGAAUGGAUUGAUUGUGAAUAUGUAUUUUUAUGCGAAUGUGAUGUAUAUUUUGGGAGUUAUGAAUGUUGUGUAAAAACUGUAUUUUCCCUACCCAUGAUAAUUGUAUUUCCCUGUGUGUACAGAUAAUUAGUUUACAGGUAGAGGGGAGGGCUAUGUGUGGGAUGUAACUAUUGUGUGAUUGGUUAAUGUACGUUACUGUGUGUGUCCCUCCCCUUCAUGGGAGCACCUAAUAAAAAGGGCUGCAAGCUAGCAGCCAGAGAGUUCUAUUUUUACCCUCAACUUGAGUCCUGUCUCUUAUUGGGGGAAUCUGCUACAAGGGAUUGCUAUGCUAGGCAUAUUCCCUUGCUAUAAUCACUGAGCUCUUGUAAGAGCUUGUUCCUGCUUCGUUCUGAAGGGAGAUAGCUGCAGCCUGCGGUGCUUAUGGUGUCUGGUGGAGUGCUUGGAGUCCUCUGGAAGCGCUAGGAGCAUCUUUCAACGGAGGUACCCAGUCGGGGUGCCAGGCGAUCCGUUACAAUGGGUUAUUCAUUAAUGUCAAACUGCAGCAACAAGUGGUGAUUUCAAACAAUUCUCAGCUGUAGUUACAGCUCUGUAGGGAAGAACCCUGAGAUAUUAUCAAUGAAACCAAGAGGGCUGCACUCACCUGAGCCAUCUUGGUUUCAUUUAUAUAUUUAGGAGUCCAGGCCAACUCCUUGGUUUUGCACCCCUCCCUGUCACAGGUGCCUCGUUCCAGGAUCCUAUUUAUCCUUGACCUGCAGAGAGUCCCAGGAGGAAAUAGUUCCUAAGUAAGUGGAUUGAUCUCAUGAGGGCAGGCAUUAGGCUGCUAGAGUUGGGCCAUUGACGUUGUGGCAGGCUUAUGCAAUGUAUGAUCAGAUAUUGUAACUAAACCCCCAUUAUUUUUGCCUAGAUUAGGUGUUUUUAAAUAAAACUAUUACAAUCUGUGAGAUUUAAGAUCAUUGUAUAGUGAAUGAGUGCGCUGGAUUGUGUAUUUUGUACCCUGAGAGAUUAUGUCAUUAUCGAUUACAAGGUGCUCUGGUACCCACUAUUAUUAGUAUUUAUAUAGAGCUAUAAUAUUCUGCAGUGGGGAGCAAUUUUAUUGGUGUGAGUCUUGAGUUCCUUGAGUCUGUUUGCCUUUUACAGCGUGAUUUUAAUGAUGUCUUGGGGGCGCAACUGCCAUGAAUAGAAGGUGCAUGAUGGGAGUUGCAGUCCAUGGCUGCUAUACUGCAAGAGUUGUCUUUGUCCUCCCAAGGAGUAAAUGUAACCAGGCAAACUUUUAUUAAAGGAGCACUAUAGGGUCAGGAACACAAACAUGUAUUCCUGACCCUAUAGGGUUAAAACCACCAUCUAGCCCCCCUGGUCCCCUCAUGCCUCCCUAACAAUAGCAAAAUUAUACUUGUAUUCAAGCAGGAAGCUGCUUCCUUCCUUCCACUGUUUCCUUUAGACCUGCCCACUGCCUGCUGACAUCAGCAGUAGUGGUGAUCUGAGCCAAUCACAACGCUUCCCCAUAGGAUUGUCUGAAAUUGUCAAGGGGGCAGAGCCAGCAUGAUUCAAACACAGCCCUGGCCAAUCAGCAUCUCCUCAUAGAGAUGAAUUGAAUCAAUGAAUCUCUGUGAGGAAAGUUCAGUGUCUGCAUGCAGAGGGAGGAGACGCUGAAUGUCAGUCACACUGUGCAGCACUGCCCCAGGAAGCACCUCUAGCAGCCAUCUGAAGAGUGGCCAGUGGAGGUAUUCCUAGGCUGUAAUGUAAACACUGCAUUUUAUCUGAAAAGACGGUGUUUACUGCAAAAAUCCUGAAGGGAAUGAUUCUACUCACCAGAAUAAAUGCAAUAAGCUGUAGUUGUUCUGGUGACUAUAGUGUCCCUUUAUUUAGCUCAGCAUGCUUUCUGUGGGAUUCAAUUUGGGGUUAUUAUCUGGCCAGUCUAGCAGUGUAAUAUUUUCCUGAAACCAGUUUUUGCACACAGCAGCAGCAACAUGACAAGGAGCUGAAUCAUGUAAAAAUAUAUAGGCUUCAUUAUCCUGGAUAAAAGUCAUGUGCCGAAGGCUUCAGUUUUGGCUCAAGUACAUCACUGAUGUAUGUCUUGCCAUUUACAGUAAAUCAAUCAGAAAAAAUCUGCCCACACCUUUCGCUGUCACUCGACGCCAGAUCAUAACACUAUCCAUAACAUAAUCCGAUAGAUUGUAAGUUCGUUUGAGCAGGGUCCUCUUCAACCUAUCGUUCCUGUAAGUUUUCUUGUAAUUGUCCUAUUUAUAGCUAAAUCCCCCCUCUCAUACUAUUGUAAAGUGCUACGGAAUCUGUUGGCGCUAUAUAAACGCAAUAAUAAUAAUAAUACUAACUGGAGGCUUCAUGGUGACUGUAAUGCAUUCAGGCAGAAAAUAAGCUCCACUUAUUCUUCUUAAAUACCUUAUUCUAUCACUAUCAGUUAUUGAUAAUCUAGUCUCAUCACUCCAGAUGACUUUAUCCAUUGUUCCAUGAGUUUAGCCCGUUCUAAUCUCUUCCUUCUCAGGCUGGGAGAUGGAAAUCGCUCUUUCCUUUGAAUUCUAGAGUUUAAACUGAAGCCUGAGUCGGCAGCUAACAGCCAUUUUAAAUUUUAUUAAAGGACACGGAGGCUCUUAUUAGGCUUAUCUCUUUCUUUUAUUCCUCAGCAGCAAAGAAAGCUAAGGUGUUUAUUUGUAGAAAAAAACAUACAUAAAUACCCUCACAGGGUUAACCUUACAUCAUUAUCUCUUAACCAAUAGGAACAGUCCAUCUCUGAUAUCCUCUCAUGUAACCUCCUCCUCUUCCUCUUUCUUUGCUGCUGCCUCAGCUAAGUAACACCUUCAUUUUUCCUGAUAUGCAUUGCUUAAUUUGAUUCUGUGAUUUCUGUUGAUUCUGUGUUGUUGCUGCAGUAUAAUCUCCUGACUACUGUGUUUUUCCCUCCCACUCUCAACCCUCCUGUGGGUUCACUCAGUGGGGAAACCCCUCCCACGCACCCCCGCCGGUUCCCCGACCCCAGGGCGGGUAUACCGGCUGUUCACCUCACUAUCGGGUAGUUGAUUACCCGUCCUCCCACCCGCGGCACUCGGGCGCUGGGCGCAGGGAAACCCCUGGGAACGGUUCAAACUGUUCCCUGACGGGGUUUUUUCCUCGGCGCCAGUGCCCGCGAGUGAGUGCCGCGCGCGCAUGCGCAUUUCCAGCCGCGACCCGCGGCGGCCAUCUUAAAGGGGCGGCAGACAUAAAUUUUGCCGCUCUUUUUUCCCCCUCAGCUCGCUCAGCCCAGCAAGAAGGGGCGAGCUGAUUGGUUUAGAGGUCUGCCUGUCAGCUUACCAGUGCUCCCAGAGGGCAUUCCUGAGGGAACACUCGGUAAGCUAGCAGUGCAGCCUUUUUCUGUCCUGUCUUUGCCUUGUCUGACUGUCUACCCUGCCCUGCAGUGUGUAAUUAACAGCCAAAGUUUUUACUGCCAGACUGUGUGAGUCCCAUUAUCCUGCCACUAAGUAUCUAACUAUGCAGGCCCCUAGUGAGCACCCUGUCUCUGGCCCCAGUGAUGGUGAGGACACCAACGCCCGCCACCAGACCAAGCUGUCUGAACCCCUAACCCUCCAAGGGGAUGCGGUGGCUCCGCUGGAGCAGCUGGACUCGCAGGAGUUCCACUCACUCCUGGACGCCACCAUGUCACGGUCGGUCACCCAAGCGAUUUAUUCUGCAAUGGGGGCUAUGUCUGACAAUCUCUCUCACUCCAUCACUACUGCUCUUAAGGCAUCCACCACCAAUUUGCCCCGCGCUAGAGCCGUGGCAGACGGGUCAUUACGCAGGGAAGGCCGGAAAGCCAUAAGCAAAACCCAUCACGUGCAAACUCCUACCUCCAAAAAAGAAUUGACAGACAGGGUACGUCCUGUCACCGCUGAGGUCGUGGGGCCCCCACGAAAGAGAGCCACCCGCCGGGCAAAAGCGGCGCGGACGUGGAAGAGGGCAAAAGCCCUGUCAGAUUCUUCCGACACUGAUUCGGAUAGUGAGGAGGUUUUGAACGAAUCCGACGAGAUCGACUCAAAUGAAUGGGAGGUCUCCUCCCCGGACCAUAGUCCGUCACGAGAUCCAAAUACCCUAAGGUAUGAUAACGCGGAUCCGUCCGCCAUUUUGGAUCCACAGGGCGAACCUCUGUUCGAUCCCGAUACAUUACAGAACCCUAGGUCAGCAGAGUGGUUCCCAACUGAGCAUGUGGCACGCUAUAUAGCAGCCAGAAUCCGUAAGCCUUUAGAUAAGGCCACCAGGAACAAGUUGCGGGCAGAAUGCCCACGGCCAACAGUCCCCGACAUGGCCUGUGCCACGCCGGAUAUAGAUCCCAAGGUAGCACAGUUCCUGGGAAAAACUGGCUGGAAGGCAAAGAAGGGAUUGGAUUACUCCCUACGCCACUGCCAGGACAAGGUACUCGAUACACUCGGCCCUAGUGCCAAAAUCUUCGAGCUGGUUGAAGCAGCCCUAACUGAGGGGGCACCGUUAGAUUUGCUAGCCAUUAGAGGCUGGGCCCAGAGGUCCAUUUGCCUCAUCGGCAACGCUAACGCCGCGCUAGCCACUGAGCGGCGCAAAACCAUUCUUAUGAAAAUUGAGCCCAAGCUCGUAAACAUGGCCCUCACCGAACCGGGGCCACAAGCCAAAGGUCUCCUAUUCGGAGACAAUUUCGUUAAGGAGUUAAGCACUUACGUAAGCACGUUUACGGCCCUAGACAAGGCACAGACAAGCAUAAAAAGAGUGUUCUCUCCCAGAGUUUUUGGUGGGGCCGGCAGACACCGGGGCCGUCUGCCCGGCCGUUCAUCCCGUGGUUCAUACCGGGGAUACCGAGGUCCCGCUACGGCUAGAUUUCAGCCGCCAGAAAACAGAGCACCCUCGCCCUUUUUUCCGGUCAGAGGCAGACCAUGGCGACCUCGAGGAACCAGAGGCACCUCAUACAGCCGACGGCCUUAUGGUGAGUGCAAUACCUUUCCCCUCCCCGGGUAUACACAGCGUAGGGGGCAGACUGUUACACUUUAUAGAGGUCUGGCAACACUUGACAACAGACUCGUGGGUCCUAAAUACUGUAGUAGGGUACCGCAUAGAGUUCGUACAACCCCCUGUCCAAACUACCUGGCCACACCGAAUAACAUUCUCCUCACACGACAGGGACCUGGUGACCAAAGAGAUCCUCUCACUCCGAGAAAAAGGCGCAAUAUUUCAGGUUCCCUCACCCUUCCCGGGGUUCAUGAGCAAUCUAUUUCUGGUACCCAAGAAAGGAGGCGGAGUCCGCCCAGUCAUCAACUUGCGGCCCCUAAACGCAUUUGUCCGAUACCGCCAUUUCAAAAUGGAAGGUAUCCACUGCUUACGAGACCUGCUCAGAGUGGGGGACUGGAUGGUCAAACUAGACCUGCAAGACGCCUACCUCACGAUCCCUAUAGCGGAAGAAUGUCGCCACCUACUCCAAUUCCAAUGGCAAGGAGCGACAUGGAGAUUCCAAUGCCUGCCCUUCGGACUCUCAUCAGCCCCUUGGUGCUUCACCAAGCUCCUAAAACCAGUGGUCGCGUUAUUGCGCAGCAGAGGCAUACGAAUGAUCAUAUAUCUGGACGAUAUGCUGCUCAUGGCGCACGAGGCCUGCCAACUCCGACAGCAUCUAUCCUGGGCAUUGACCCUGUUAAGAAAUUUGGGAUUCCUCAUCAAUUGGAAAAAAUCGGUACUUACCCCAUCUCAACACAUGGAAUUCCUGGGAUUCCACAUAGACGCAACGACCGGGACGCUCAGUUUGCCAACAGACAAAGUCAAGAGCAUAAAAAAGGAGAUCCGCAGAACACUGACAAGACCAGUGUUAACUCUGCGACAACUAGCCAGGGUACUUGGACUCCUAUCAGCCUCCAUCCAGGCAAUCUUCCCGGGGCCUCUACAUUACAGGGCUCUGCAAAGGCUAAAAGCCUCACAUCUACGCUCGGGGCACUCAUACUCCGACUCCGUCCCACUCGACCACGAGGCCAAGCAGGAACUCACCUGGUGGCUGCAUCAUAUGGAAGCAUGGAACGGCAGGGCUAUCUUCGGAACUGCCCCGGACUUCACCAUAGAGUCCGACGCGAGCACACACGGUUGGGGAGCGCGCUGCGGGCCUACCUCCACCGGAGGCAUCUGGUCACGCUCAGAGAAAGAAUUACACAUCAACGGCCUGGAACUCAUGGCGGGGUCAUUCGCCCUGAGAAGUCUCCUCGGAGCCGCAACCAACUGCUCCAUUGUCCUGCGAAUGGACAACAUAUCUGCAGUCCGAUACAUCAACCACCUCGGUGGCACAAAGUCAAGGAUCCUGGCGGACUUGGCCAAAGACUUUUGGCAACAUUGCCUGGCACGCAAUAUUUCGGUACAAGCGGAAUACAUCCCGGGCAUGUCCAACAUAGUGGCGGACUGGUACUCCAGACAUCUGCGAGACACCAGCGACUGGCGGCUAGACCGCAGUGUGUUCUUACGACUUCAGACGCUCUGGGGCCCGAUGCAAAUCGAUCUCUUUGCGUCUCGUUUGAACUCCCAAUUGCCAACAUUCUUCAGCUGGAGGCCGGAUCCAGACGCCCUGGCAGCGGACGCUUUUUCUCCAACACUGGCCACACAACAGAUUGUAUGCAUUUCCUCCGUUCUCCCUCACAGCUCGAACACUGGUGCACCUCAGGCGGACUCAAACGUCAUUGGUCCUCAUAACCCCGUUUUGGACAGCUCAGCCGUGGUUCCCCACACUCAUGGAGAUGUCUAUAGACCUGCCGAGACACUUACCAGACGUCUCAUACCUUUUAGCAGAUCCAGAGGGCAAACCACACCCCCUGUUGGUACGGGGGCAACUCAAACUUUUAGCAUGGUUGCUUUCAGGGGACCAUGGAGCGUCCCAGAGGUUCCACAGGAAACUAUCGAUCUACUGGCAGGAGCUUGGGCGCCUGGAACGAGACGCUCCUACCUCUAUGCCUGGAACGGAUGGAGUAGUUGGUGCAUGGAACAGCAGGUGGAUCCCAUAUGUGCUCCUAUAAAUUACCUGUUGCGUUUCUUUACCAACCUAUACAAUCAAGGUUUGGCCUAUCGCACCAUCAACGUGUACAGGUCUGCAAUCUCAGCGGGACACCGGGGAAUAGAUGGGACCCCAGUGGGCCAACAACAAUUGGUAUGCCGUCUCCUUCGAGGUAUUCGGUUUGCUCGUCCACCGCAACCCCGAUACACGUCUCUAUGGGACGUCAACUCAGUUUUACAACUGUUAGAAACUUGGCCACACAAUGAGACACUCACACUGAAACAACUGUCAGCAAAACUAGUCAUGCUCCUCUGCUUGAUCUCUUGUAAGAGAGUGUCAGACGUCAGGGCGUUGGACGUUGAUGCAAGAUCCUUUACUCCCACGGGGGUUUCAUUCAACAUCUCCAGACGUACAAAGUCAUCAAUUACCUCAGUUUCGUAUCCAGCAUUCCCGCAUAACCGUAAACUCUGCCCGGUGGUUUGCUUGAAGGAAUACGAGACAAGGACCCUGGAAUUCAGAAACCCGAGGCACCCGGAAUUGUUUUUAGCUAUCAAACAACCACACCAUCCCGUAUCCACGGUAACUCUCGCCAGAUGGGUGAGAUGGAUAAUGGCCUUAGCCCACAUAGAUACAACUGUAUAUGGUGCACACUCUACCAGGGGGGCCAUGGCUUCAAAGGCUUUUAAUUUAGGUUGUAAAUUGGAAGAUAUCAUGAAAACAGCAGACUGGUCUAGGGCAUCGACAUUUAAGGAAUACUACUUUCGACCUACAGAACAUGUGUCAAGUUUAGUUAUUGCACAGCUUUAAACUAGCCUAAUAAGAGCCUCCGUGUCCUUUAAUAAAAUUACCAGAUUUUACUAAUUACAUGACGUAAAGUCAUGAUUUUAUAAAGGACACGGAGGCGAGUAUUAGCCCACCCAGGGCAGAUACAACAAAACAUUUGUAUCCCAACCCAGGUACGUAAUAGGGACUUUUUUUCGUUAAAUGAGUUAUCAUUGAUAUAAGGUAUAUGUGUUACGCUAUGGUAAAUCUAUCAAACAAGGAAUGAUUGCAUGUUUAAUAUAUGAUUGAUUACAUAAACAGCUCACCUUUUAAUACCAUAGUAAGAUGAAAAUAGUUGGCAAGGACACGUUUUACCAUUUGUUUUCUUUGUCUUUCCAGCCUGAAACACAGCUAAAAGAUACCCACUGAUGACGAGAAAUAAUCUCGCAGUUUUGAGAGGAUCAGUUUCGGAAGAUCCCGCGUUAUUUGUGGACGGAUUCAACUUCAACGUCAAGUAUCCAGUUGUCAACCGUUUGUGUGUUUUGGUUAUAACGAAUUUUGUUACAUACUAAUGGUGAUUUGUUCGCUUCGGCAUCAUCAAGAAAGAGGAAGAGGAGGAGGUUACAUGAGAGGAUAUCAGAGAUGGACUGUUCCUAUUGGUUAAGAGAUAAUGAUGUAAGGUUAACCCUGUGAGGGUAUUUAUGUAUGUUUUUUUCUACAAAUAAACACCUUAGCUUUCUUUGCUGCUGAGGAAUAAAAGAAAGAGAUAAGCCUAAUACUCGCCUCCGUGUCCUUUAUAAAAUCAUGACUUUACGUCAUGUAAUUAGUAAAAUCUGGUAAUUGUCUCAGAUUAUUUUCUUCUGUCACUUAUAACACAGUUUUAAAAAUCUCUUCUAUCACUUUGAGUUGUUGCGCACCUUUCCGGCCUUUACCAGUUUGGUUUUGAAUUGGCCGUGUCUGCAGAUAUCUCCUGCCCAGUUUAGAAAUACCUCGUUUGUUACAUUUUCACAUAAUUGUGGCCUUCUUCACAUUAACUUAUUUGACAUCAUGUUCUAGGUGACCAGUCAAUUCUCUCUCCCCCUGCAGUUUGUUAUCUCGCUAAGUUACUCACCUUAACCCCUUAAGGACCAAACUUCUGGAAUAAAAGGGAAUCAUGACAUGUCACACAUGUCAUGUGUCCUUAAGGGGUUAAAGGGACACUAUAGUCACCUGAACAACUUCUGCUUAAUGAGGUUGUUCAGGUGAGAACUAUAGCUCCCUGCAGCCUUUGUCAUGUAAGCACUGUAUUUUCUAAGAAAAUACAGUGUUUACAUUGAAAGCUAGGAACACCUCCAGUUGCAGUCAAUCAGAGUGAACCAGAGGGACUUCCGAGUUGAUGGAGGCAUAAUAUGUCUCCAUCCACUCAGAUCUGCU